AGAAGAAGAAGAGCAAGGAAGGAGCGCGAUGGACGCACGGACAUCGACAUCAGAGAGGCAACGGUUGGCAGUCGUGUUCUGAGUUAGGGCUGCCUUUUGGGGCCUUGCUCAGCCAUGGCCGAAAAGAAACCGCAGGCGGAAAAGACUCCGGUACCGGAAAAGACGCCGGUACCGGAAAAGAAACCGGUACCGGAAAAGAAACCGAUGCCGGAGAAGAAGCCAAUGGCUUCAAAGAAACCAGCGGGCGAAGAGAAGCCGUCGGCGGAUAAGAAAGCAUGUCAAAACAUGGCCACAGUCUUGAUCCUGGAGAGCGCUAUGUACGUUGUUCCGACGUCGGUCCUAUGCGAGCACAGCGAGAAGCUCAAGACUAUCCUCUGCAAAGGUAGCAAGCCUACGGGGGUUAUGCAGUUGAACCUGACCGGUGUGAACGUGGAUGAGUUUGAAGUGAUAUUGGCCUACAUGCGGACGGGCCAGUUGGACGUCAACGUGCAGAACGUGAUCGACAUUUACGUCGUCGCUCAGAUUCUCCAGAUGAAGGCCCUGGAGAGCAAGUGCUGGAGCUGGGUAUUCGACAAGUCUCCUUGUGAAAGGAGUCUUCCCGCGUGGAUUACUGUGAAGAAGAUGGGGGAACAGAAAGAGAGGGAUCAACUCUUCGACUACAUUGUUCGCAAUUUCGACGACAUCGCCAAGACGGAGUCCUUUUUGGACCUGAAGAGUGACCAGUUGAAAGAGAUCCUCCAGUCUCAAGUCAUCAAGGCAGAGAAUGAACUGGCACUCUACAAGGCAGCCAUGCGAUGGAUCCACCACGAUUGUCGGGAAAGGCUCAAAUACGUCAACGACAUCAUGUCUGUGAUCCGCUUCGACGACAUGUCUCCAGACCAGAUCCAAGCACUAAAGCAGUUCAAGCUCUGUCCUAAGGUACAGAAGGAGUUCGACGUUGAAGCGAGGAUUCAACAGGCGGGUCAGAAGAAAAUGCAGAAAGGCAGAGAAUAUGGCGGUCCGCAGCAAAAGCCUCCGUCACCGAAGCCGUCCGGGAAGUUUCCCCCAGAAAAGCCGCCUGAAAAACCGGAAAAGCCUCCCGAAAAGCCCGCGGAGAAGCCGCCGGAAACUCCCGAACCGCCAAAGGGAGGCAUGGCUCCUCCUCCUCCUCCGAAGGUCGACGAGAUGAAAGCCGGCGAGAAGAAGCCGUCGGCCCCGAAAGUCCACGACAUGAAGAAGGACGAGAAAGAAGCCAAAGAUAAAAAGGACGAAAAGGCCAAGGACACGAAGUUAGACAAGGACAAAAUGAGGAAGCCAAAGGACCGAAAAGAGAGAAUGGACAAACACAAACCGCCCAUGCCAGAAUCGACCACGCCGUCCGCCACCCCGACGUCUGUUCCCCCCAGCCCAACUUCUGUCGCUCCUACGCCGCCUCCAGCCACCCCUGCACCGUCAUCCGCUCCGCCGUUGUCCCCCACGGAACCUUCGGCCGCCUCGGUACCGGCUUCCGCCACCUCACUUCCACCCGGCGAACCCAAGCCGGGUGCCAAGAAAGAAAAGGAGGGGAAAAAGAAAGGUAAGAAAGGCAAGAAGGGCAAGAAGGACAAGAAGUCUGACGAGAAGACGAAGAAAAAGAAGGGAUUCUGUCCCUGGAUGUCCAAGUCUUCCAAGGAAGGAUCAAAGAAGAAGGGCAAAAAGGAUAAGAAGGGUAAGAAAAAGCACAAGAGUAAGAGCGAUAGUAAAGAAACGUCGGACGGGAAGUCGACGAAAGGAGGCAAGUCAAAGAAAAAGGACGAAAGCAAGACUAAGAGUAGUUCUUCAAAGGACUCCUCAAAGACAAAAUCCAAGGACAAGAAAAAGAAGCACAAGAAGAAACACAAGGCAGAUCACGACAAAGCCGCCAAAGGCAGCAAAGAAAAAACAUCCAGUGGCGGCGGGAAGAAACCGCACAAGGAAGGAUCCAAGGACGAAACGAAAGCACAGAGAAAGAGCAAGUCCUCCCGUAGCGUAUCUCCAACAGGCUCGUCCAGCCGGUCCUCCAAGACGUCACCGGCACCUUCCAGGAUGACAAGCACGGCGGAGCCCCCAGACGUCGUCAUUUCCAAGGGCUCCAGGUCCCGGGAGAACCAGGGCAGCAAGUUGCACCCGAGUCGCAUAUCCCGUGCCCGAUCCCAGUCGUCGCUGGUCAGCAGGUCUACGUUCAAGAAAGAGCGCAAGAGACGCAACCAUUCCAAAGCACCGCACAGAGCCCUCUCGGUCGUCAUGCCCAGUUCCCGAUCGGCGACCGGUGCGCUCCAGCUCUGCGAGCCGACGCAUGCCGAAGAAGAACUGGCCGUAACUAUUAUUGGUGGACUGGCGGCGGAUUCCAAAGGUGGCACGUCGGAGAGUUGUCAGAUCUACACGUUUAGUGCCAAAGACAGCAAAUGGAAGAAUCCGGCGAAAAUGUCCGUGGCUCGGUACGGACACCAGGCGGUCGUGCUGAAAGGAAGUCUUUACGUGAUAGGGGGCUUCCUGGUGAACUCUGGUAAGCGUCACUUACCAACGGGGGCUUGCAGUCGCUACAACUUGACCGAAAAGAAAUGGGAAGCCGCGGGGACGUUGAAUCACGCGAGGUGUCACCACGGUGCAGCGUCGCUGGCCGGAAAGAUUUACACCGUUGGAGGUCAAUCUGCGGAGACCCUGUUUAUGGAUUCGGUGGAGGUCUACGACCCUAAGACGGACGAGUGGAGCAACGCGACGCCCCUGUGCUGUGCACGCAUGGCGGCCAACGCUAUCGAGAUGGAUGGCCACAUGUACAUCGUCGGUGGGCUCAUGGUGGUUCCGGGUCACAAGCGAAAGGUCUGCAUCGUGCCGGAUACGAUGUGCUUCAAUCCCAAGGCUCAAACGUGGCACCACAAGGCGGGACUUCCGGUGCCCAUGUGCAACUCCUCCCUCGUAGUCCACAAAGGGAGACUGUUUGCUUUCGGCGGCCUGGUGCGGAACAACGACCAGGAGUUCAACCAACCCCUGGCUCCACUCGCCAAUGUCCUGGAGUACACGCCGGCGAAAGACAACUGGGUGAAGAUCGCCACGAUGCCAACCCUCUCCCACAACGUCUGUCUCGCUUCCUUGGGCGAUGAGGUCUACGUCGUCGGAGGGCAAUUAGAAGACGACGCUGCCACAGCGACCAAGCUCUCAUACCGCUUUAAUCCCUCCACUGGUCGCUGGGUGACGCUGCCGUCGUUGCCUGUCAGGUUGAGCCAAGCCGCAGCCAUCGUGGUGCAAAAGGAAAGUUUCGCCUGAGUCGUCUGCUUCUUAUUGUGUACAUUAAAAUUUAUCUUCUAAGCGUCAA